CCUCAAGUGGCGCGAGCCGCCCUUUACGAGAAGCGGCAGAGGCCCCGCCCACUUCUCUGCAAGCCCCGCCCCCUCUCGCGCCAGCUUUCUUCAAGACAACCAUUUCAACUCUCAGGUGGCGCAACUUUCUCGACGACGAGAAGCGACACAGGCCCCGCCCACUUCCCGCAAGCCACGCCCCCUCGGCGUUGUUCCUGGGCUCGUGCCUCAGUCUUGCCCCGCCCCUCCUCCUUCCUCCUCCCUGGCUCGAGCCUCCUCAGGUAAACUUCCGGACUUUCCACCUCGCGUCUCUUUUCGGGUUUGGUCCCGGAAGUUGGCUGCAUUAGCGGUCGGUGGAGCGAGGAGGAUGGGGGUCGCGGCUCUCCUGCCUCCGGUACUUCUUCUGGGUCUCGGGGCGCCUCUUGUUCCAGGGCUGAGGCUUCUCAGCGACGCGCGGCACUUCAACUGUUCCCAGCCGGGUCUACUCUGCCUUGUGAGAAAUAGUACUUGCAUGGAUCAAAGCUGGCUCCGUUCUUGGGAAUGGACUCCCUCGGCCCCAAGUUCCAUUAAUGUCCAUGUUGGUACUUAUUUUGAUGCAGAGAGGAAACUGGUCCCUGUCCUGAAAACAGAAUGGAAAGUAGCUACUGAUGCAAGUAUUCGGUUUCUCAGAGGGGUAGAAUUGACGGUACUACAGGUGAGCAGUAACCAGCAGGUCUGUGUGCAGUUUGACUUCCAGAAUGAUCUGUUGUCUCAAGUCUCUCCAAGUAGUGGACGCCCGGUACAACCAGGUCAGGCAUACCAUGUAACUGUUCAGCACCUGCCCAUACUAAGUACCCGAGGAGACCAUAACUGGAAAUCCAUGCCAUUCACAGUACCAGACUGCUUAGAUCCCCUCAUGAAAACAACAGUUCCAUGUGUGAAAAUAGGCAGUCUGUGGGAACCCAACAUUUUUGUGGAAAGCCAGGAUGUUGAUAGUCUGUUGGUGAUCUUCAACCCAGCUGUGGAGUCAACCAGUUACAUCAUCCAUGUGACCAGUUUUCAAGAUGAAAAGGAAUGCAAAAAGGCCACAAAACAAAUCUCAGAGGAGGGACUGCAACAGCGACUGAAUGUCACAGUUGUGCUAGAGAGAAACUUAAAGAGUUGUUGUGAAUACCAAGUGCAGAUCCAGCCAUUCUUUGCAGCCUGUGCCACAGAUUGUAGGAGACAUUUGGUUUCUAUCCCAUGUCCCACACUUUCUCCAGUAAACGAAAUAGAGGACCCAGAUUAUCUUUCAGUGGGGCUGCCCUUAGCCCUCACAGCGAUCUGUAUUUUAUUAGUUGGGUCAGCUGUUGCGUCAACUAUUUGCCUUGCUCGAAGGCAUAAAGUAACAAAUUCUGGAGCAAGUAAUAGCGAUGAAGCAAGCCAUGAUCUACUGUCCACAUCACCAACUCCUCCACCGCUGAAGCCUCGUAAAGUUUGGAUUGUGUAUUCUGCUGAUCAUAAGCUCUAUGUAGAUGUUGUGAUGAAGUUUGCUCAAUUCAUGAUCACAGUCUGUGGUACUGAAGUAAUUCUAGACCUGUUGAAUGAGCGUCAGAUAUCUGAGAUGGGACCUUUACGCUGGCUUACACGUCAAAAACAGGAAAUGGAAGCACUCUCUUCCAAGAUAAUUAUCUUGUGUUCCCGUGGCACUCGAGCCAAGUGGCAGGCCAUGCUUGGUCGUGAUGAGAUAUCUGUGUCUCUCAGGCAAGAUAACCUGCUUCCAGUUGGAGAUAUGUUCACUCCAGCAUUGAAUCUGAUCCUGCCAGACUUUAAGCAGCCAUCUUGCUUUGGCAUGUAUCUAGUUUGUUACUUCGAGGGCAUAAGUAAUGAGAGAGAUAUUCCAGACCCAUUCAAUGUCACUUCCAAGUACCAACUGAUGGACAAGUUUGAGGAAGUUUACUUCCUGAUUCAGAAUCUAGAAAAGUUUGAGCCAGGGCGGAUCCAUCAGAUUCCGGAGAUCUCACCUGAGAAGUACAUGGAGAACCCCAGUGGUAGACAACUGAAGGAGGCACUGCAGACAUUCCAAAAAUGGCAGGCUGAACACCCUGAUUGGUUUAAAAAAGAAAAUACCCUCUCUGCAUCUGAGGAUGAUUUGCAGUCCCUUAAUGGGGAGCUCUCUGAAGAAUUAACACCACUCCAGGGAGGAAUUGUGAAACAUCAGCUGAUUCUACAGGAACCCAUUCACAAUAGCUGUUUGGUCAACCUCUUGGUAACUGAAAAUGACCUGGGAGCUCAUCGACUGCUGCCCAAGAUUCAUUCUGAGGAUGAUGUAGCUUUCCAGACCCUGGUGCUCCCUGCGGAUGAUAGUUCUCAAGUUCAGAUGUUAAUGCCAUAUGAUCUUGCAGAAGAGGGAGGGAUACUUAGCCAUCAUCUGUUGACCAAUGAAGACAGUCUGGAAAGAAUGCCUAUAACAGACGUUAACCUCUUAAGGAGGAACAGCGCUAUUUUUCAGGAUGAUGUAUCCUCAAGUCCCCAGCCCUUAUCAGCUGAUGUGAGGCAACAGCUGAGUGGAUUAAUGUACUCUCUCUAUCAGCAAAGCAUUACCCCUUGUGAGCCAUCUCUCUGCCAAAAUAAUACCAAUGAGCAACAUGGUCUGGUUUUUGACUCUAGCAAAGAUCAACGACAAUCAGUGCAGUCAGACCAGGGUUACAUCUCCAGGUGUUCUCCUUUGCCUUCUGAUAGCCCUGUAGAGGAGGAGGAGGAGGAAGAAGGUGGCCAAGAGAAGGAAGGGCAUAGAUAUAAUGGGUCCCUCUCCCAAGAUGUAUUGGACAAUUUAAAAAGUCUUCAGCAACAACUGUUUUUCCAAGAUAUUCAGCACAGUUUCAGCUAGGAUCUCAUCAGAGGAGAGACUUUCUGGAUCUUUAUUCAGGUCCUGAUCUAUAUUUUGCAACAAAAAAGAAGUGUUUGUUAUUUGGAAUGCACACAUUUAUGGCAACUAUAUUUCCUUGUGUUUCGUGCUUCUGUGAAGUCUAAUGGGUAGAAGGACUGAUGACAGCUGCCAUUUUGUAGCCAGAUUAAGCUAUCUACUUAUGCAUUCAAGUUAUAAUGUUUAUUAGAGCAUCCUUACCCCGUUAUCCUCUAAAUGUAAGAUGUAAAAAUUGUAAAUAAUGUUGUCUCAUACAAAUUAACUGAGACUAUAAUCUACUUGUCAAGUAACAUAGGAACUGCUUCAUAGUAGACAAAUUGUCAAGUUAUCCCAGGUGGCCAGAACCCUAUAUGCUAGCUUGAGACAUGUUUCUAGGAAAGAAAGAAACAAAUGUAGCCAGUGGAUGCACAUGUGAUACUGGUCCAUGAUACACUUGAAAGGCCCUUACAUCAGAUAGCAUUAAGAAGUGCUAUUAAAGGAGACAAAGGAUGGUAUUGGCAUGAACUAUUCGUCACAAUGGAUAACUGAUUUUAACUCGGAUACAUUGUUUAUAAGAGCCAGCCUCAUUGAGAUUUUUAAAAGAUCUGUCUAGUGGACCAAUAUUCUAUUUUCUGGCACCCAGGCAGAUGUUUCUACACACGUUUUCUCCAGUUGUUGGUCUCUAGCAGAAGUUCCUAUCAUAUUGUCUUUCAAUAGAGAGGUUGUAGCAAUUAUGGUGAUGAUUCAUAUCUACAGUUGAGCCUGUCCUCUGUAGACCUGUGUAAUUCACUCUUUAAAAGCAUCUGAACCAGCAAAUUAUGACAAUUUAUGUGUUGUAUGAAAAUUUAGAGGUUGAGCAUCUCUUAUCCUGAAACCUGAAAUGGUGGACGGGUAUACACAAAUUUUGUUUCAUGCACAAAAUUAUCAAAUAAUAUUGUGCAUAAAUUUACCUUCACAUAUGUUAUAAGAUGUAUAUGAACCAUAAAUUAAUUUCAUGUUUAGACUUGGGUCCCAUUUCCAAAUACCUCAUUUUCUACGUAUAUGCAAAUACAGGUAUACCAAAAUAUGAAAUCCAAACCAUUUCUAGUUUCAAGCACUUCAGAUAAGUGGCACUUAAUCUGUACUUUCUACUCUUUUCCCUGAAUCUGCCUCUGAUCAAUUUCACAAGUUGAUUUUGAGUUGUUUGAUUAUGAGAUAGAAAGAAAAUCCUUUUAUGCACUUCAUGUAUUGCUUGAUAUGUUUGCAUCAUGUUUCUUCUUAGUCUUUUUAUUCUUCUCAGCCUUUUUCAGUCUUGGUUGGUUUUUUUGGGGGGGGUGAUAUUUUGUUUUGUUUUUGGGGGGGUUGCAUCUUUCCAGCUUUCAGCUAGGCCACAGCUAAGCUCAAUUUUACAACUCAGUUUACCAUGUUUUUAUAUCAAGUAAUUGUAUACAAUUAUGAGUUUCAUUGUGAGUUCCUUAUUUUCAGUCCCUUAAUAAAUCUUAAUAUGUUUUUCAGCGUUAA